AUGAUUUCCUCUAACAUGUUUCUAUCCAAUAAACAGAUUCCAAUUUAUUUCGGAGAAAAAAAUUAUUCUCCUGUUUUACCUUCACCACCACCUUCACCGCCUUUUCAAAUUAGUGAUGCUCUUGCUAUAUCUCAACCUUCUUCACCAUCAACAUCUUAUGAGCCACUUAAUACUUCUUCAUUAAAACAAAGCAGAUAUAGAAUGCGUUUAUCUGAUGCUCCAUCUGAACUUUUGGAAUACAUAGAAAUAUCAAAAUCAAUACUUUCACCAACCAAAAGUCUUUCCUCUGAUUUGAUCAGAUUUUCUUUGAAAAGUUAUAAAUCAUCUACAUAUGAACAAAACAAUAAUUUAUUCAAUACUGCAAUGAACAUUAGUACUGAAGAUACUUCUAAUCAAAAACUUGUCUCUGGUAGACAUCGAAACGUUCGCAAAAAUCCAUAUCCUAUUCGUUCUCCUUCAAUUACUUCUCCUAACUUGACGGAUCCAAUGAACAUCUUACGUGGCAACAACAGUGAUAAUGAUGAUUUUGAAUUUAAAUUAUCUUUAAUCAGCGAUAAUUCUUCUGUCUCAUCUCCUUCCGAAUCACAACUUUCUUGUGCAUCUAGUCCUUCAACUCCUCCUUCUAUAGAUGAUUUGAGAGAUUCUAUUCACGAGUCAACAACAAUUCCAAUUUGUCGAUCAUAUCAGAAGAAACAACAACGUACCAAACAAGUUGUUUCUAAACGUUUGGGUGCAUCUUCUCCUCAUCGCAAACGAAAAGGAAACAGUUUGGCUAGAGUAAUGGCAGAUCGUGGACUUUUAGAAUCAGUUUUUAAUUCCAAUAUUACUUCUAACGAUAUAAAGUCAGUUCGUAUACCACCACCACCACCUAUGCAAUUCGAUGAAUUAAUUACUAACAUCAAAGCUCUUGACCUUGACACCAAAGUCUUGGAUACAAUUGAUUCAGCCAUUACGUGGAAAGGACAGCCUCUAUCAAUCUCUCAUUUACCACAUUACGAUUCUCUUCAUCCAGCAGAAGCUCAAGUAGUUUCAGUUCUACGUCUCACCCCUGUUCAAUAUUUAACAGGAAAACAUACACUUAUCUCUGCUGCUCAAAGAUAUAAUCAACGAAAUUUACCAUUUAAAAAGAGCGAUGCUCAAAAGUUGUUACGUAUCGAUGUUAACAAGGCCAGUAAACUCUGGGAAUUUUUCCGACAAGUUCGCUGGAUCUGA